UUCUCCUCCAACCAAACAAUUCCUUAGCAGCUAACUUUACUAAAAUUGAAUAAAAGAGUGAAGAUCUAUCUCUAUCUGGUAUCUAUCUGCAUUGGCGAAAAUGGCAAUUUCUUCUUCCAUCACGAGCGUGCACAUCACGGCGCUAGACGCGAUCGUGAACGUGAACUCCCUCUUCACCCUCGCCGUCUUCAUCGGCCUAACCUGGAACCCUCACGACCCGGAGAACAACCUCAACUCCGACCCCGCCUGCGCCCCCACCGCCGCCAUCGCCGAGAAUCUCGUCGCCUUCCAUGUCUACUCCUUCAGCUCCUUCCUCUUCUCCAGCCUCAUCGCACUCGCACUCAAGCAAGCCAUCCGCCUCACCCGCACCUCCGCCUACACCCCCGCCGUCGCACAUGUCAACCGCUCCUGCCUCCGCCUCGUCAUGGUCGUCUCCGGCGCCGGAUCUGUCUCCGGUUGCCUCUUCCUCAUGCUCGCUCUUGUCAAUGUUGUUCAGAUCAAGCUUGGUACUCUCGCCUGCGGCAGCUCCCACGCUUUCGCCGCCAUCGUUCCGCUCUUCAUCUUCGUUCCGAUUGCGCUUCUUAUUUAUGUUUCUGUAGUGUUUUACGCUUUUACCCGCUAGGGUUUUCUUUUGUGAGUGUGUGUAAAACUGUGAUUGCACUGUUUUGAUGAUGUAUGUGAAUGACAAACUAAUGUAUCUUCAAUCCAAUUACUAUGAAUUAUUACUGUGUUGUUAGAA